AAACCAAAACAUGGCAGCUUUCAGAGUAACAUCCAAAUGCAUUUCCACUGGAGAAACAUUGCUCAACACUGCAUGGAUUUGCAGGGGAUUUGUGUCCUCCACAAGGCCAUCCCAAAUGGGAAAGGUUGACAAAGAGACGUGUGUAAAGAUAAUAGAAGCAGCAGAUACAGUGAAAGACGGGACGAAAGAAGUCGUCAAAGAAGUGAAACGCGCGAGUCAUGCCAUCACUGAAAGAGUCGCCAAAACCACUGAAAAUAUGGUGGUGGAUGUGGCCAAAAAGAGUUUCGAGAGGGCAUCCGAAACUACAGAGAACAAAAGAAGUCAAGACCUUUUCGACACGGCCAAAGCUGCCGCCCAAGCUUAUAAGGACAAAGUAGCUAAAGAGUGAAAAAAUAGAAAAUAAAGUUCAAUAUCUUUUUUUUUUUUUUUAAAUUUAACAACUC